AUGAAUCUCCCAGAUAUAAUCAAAUCUCCUGCCAUUCAAGUUUUAGGAAAUAAUUGUUAUACAUCUUUAGUGGAACAACUUAAUUUAAGUGAUGUGGAUUGUCUCAAACUUUUGUUAUCUAAAGGGUUAAGCAUGGGUAUCGUGUUGGGCGGAGCAUUAGCAAAACUUCCUCAAAUUAUCAAAAUUCUUUCCGCUCGUUCAGCUCGUGGUUUAAGUCUUGGAAGUUAUGUAUUAGAAACUCUUGCUAUGGGAAUUAGUUUCUCUUACAAUCUUCGUCAAGGAAAUCCAUUUAGUACAUAUGGAGAAGUAGCAUUUCUUACUUUACAAAAUAUUAUUAUAUUACUCCUAAUCUUGAGUUAUGCAAAUCGUAUUAGAGAUCUUUUCACCAGUGUAUUAGUUAUAAUCGGUUCAACAUACGCUUUAGGACAACCUUGGAUAAUUGAUGAUUCUAAUUUGGCAUAUCUUCAAGCAUUAUCUAUUCCUAUUUCUUUAUUAUCAAAAAUUCCACAAAUUAUUGCGAAUUAUCAAAAUGGAAGUACUGGUCAAUUAUCAGCAUUUGCAAUAUUUGGAUUUACUCUUGGUUCAAUAGCAAGAAUAUUUACUACACUUACGGAAAUUAAGAUUACUGAAAAGAAGGAUUAG